AUGGAGCGCGCGUUGGUCUCGUACGACGAUAUUCAGGCUCCGCCGCCUCCUACUGCUCCCGUCGCGGGACCUAGCGCACCCCCCCAGAACUACCAGCAGAAUCAACAGCAAAAUCAGCCACCGCGCAAGAAACGAAGGAAUAACAAGCAGAACCGCGGUGGCGGCGGCGGCAAUAAUCAACAGAAUGUGAACGGGUACAACGGUGGAGGGUACUCUGGCAACGGGUGGAAUGGCUCCAGGCCGCACGCGCAUUGGGACGACCCGUCUGCGUCUGCGGUGGCACCGGGCUUCGGUGGCGCGCCGCAGUACCAACAACCUCAACAAUUCGCCGUAGCCUCACUUCCGGCGAAACCUCUACCUACGGGCCCUCGUGCGCAAGCAGCACCCGCGCAGGAGGAGUACUACGAAGAGGAAGAGUACGCCGAGGAGAAUGCAGACGAGGAAGGCGAGGGAGAUGGGGAGGGAGAGAUGUCGCGGAUGUUGACGCGCGAGGAGAUAUGGGACGAUAGGGCGCUGAUCGACGCUUGGGAGGCUGCGACGGCCGAGUACGAGGCGAUGCACGGCAAGUCCCAAGCAUGGAAGACCGAGCCCGUCAAAAAGUCCGCGCUGUGGUACAACGUCCCGCCCAAACCCGCUCGCGCAGAUGCGAAAGGUAAAUCCAAAGCCGAAGAACCGGCGAACGGCGACUCGCGGCCGUUCGACUUCAACACGUUCGUGCCCACACACGACGCCUCGCUCGGUGUACAAAAGCAGACGAGCGGCGCGGCAUAUCAGCACGGUGUCGCUGCGGGGGCAGAAGGAGGAGGAGAGGUCGCGUGGGCGGGGCGGGACGAGGCGUUCGGGCAGGCGAUGAGCGCGAUGUAUUGGGCGGGGUAUUGGAGUGCUGUUUAUCACAGCCACAAUCGCACCACGGCGAAGCAUGCUACUGCUGAUGAGGAAGAAAUCGAAGGCGAAGAUGUGGGCAUGGACGGCGAAGAGGACGACGAUGACGAGGCGGUUAUCGCAUCGCCCGUGGACGACGAUAUUAUUCCUACUCAGAGAUAA